AUGGACGGAAAAAACUUUGAUAACAACAGUCAAGGUGGAAACACUAAAACAAAUGGUGCAUCUCAGAACUCCAAUUCUGGAAGUGAUAAGAAACCAUCGCCAAAAAUGACGAACGAGAUGAAAAAUCUCCAAAACAAUCUUGUGAUGAAGGAAAGGACCAGAUCCAGCGCCAAAGGCGUCCUCAAUUGGUCGGUGAACGAUAACCUUAGUAAGACAUGCAGAAUCGCCGCUUGCACAGUCCAAAGCAUCCAAGGGGGCGAUCCAAUGCCGAGCCCUUUUGCGCCAACUGUCGUUGGCACGGCCGAGAACGCUGAUCCCUCACUGUACCUCAAAGUCACUUGGCAGAGCAUUGCUCAUCUCUUCUCCUAUUACAUGGACGGAACCGAACAAAAUAUGAAAAAGGUUCUGCACGAAACCAAACAAAAUGUGAGAAAGUUUGUGGGCGAAACCAAUAGCAAUAAAGAUGAGAUAGAAGAAGAAGAAGAAGAAGAAGAAGAAGCUAUCUUUGGGGUGGCUGAUAUCGCGGAGGAAAAGAAAGGUAUCGCGGAGGAAGAUCUGGAGAAUGGCGGAGAGGUACUCGAAAUUACCGAUCGCUCUACCGAAAUCACCUCGAAUCGCAACAGAUGGCCGACGAUGCCCAAAUUCACCAAGGGAAAAAUUGUCUACAUUCCCAUUGCUUUCUUGCAUGCACUAGCUAAAAAGGAGAAGCAUCCAUGGCUCAAGCUCGACAGCAUGAGAGGCGCCCCUCGCGACGGCUUGAUAUUAGACAACGGGCCCCUCAAGUUCGCGAAAAGUGUCGAGCUUUUUACUAAAGAAGAUACUUCAGGAAGUAAUGCUUCGUUCAGGCGACAAGAAGGAUCUCUUUGGGUGGCCCUUCGCGACGGGAAUGGUCGUCUUAUCUUCUGCCUGCACGACAGUUCCUGGAAUUGGUACAGCUACCAAGCAGCCAACCGCCUCAAGAUUGCGUGGAGAGCUGCUCUGGGUGCCAUCACACCUCCCUCGAGGGCAAGUGGAGGCAAACCGCCGCGGUACCAAACGGUGCCUGUGGGUGAGCUGAAGAUCAAGAUAACAGCUGAAGGCAAAGCGCGGUGGCAGGGCCGCACUGGCGGGGCUGAGGCUUUGUUUGAGACCUUCAUCACUGAAAUCAACAGGAAUUUGAAAGCGGAUGACACAAAGGUAUCUCUUUGCGCUGAAGAUGGCAUCCCGUCCGACUACCGUCUACUUUCAGAAGACCCAUUUGGACUUUACAGAACAUACAUUAGUUCCGAAGGCUAUAACCGCUAUAUGAACUUCUUGCUGCUCGGUGCUGUCCCCAUAGAGAAGCAGGUCGAAACAUAUAGACCGCUCAGGGAAACCAUCGACACUAGUGCUGUCCCCGGAAACAUGGAGACUGAAACAGAUGAAUCCCUUAGGGAAACCAUAGACACUAAUGCUGUCCCCGAAAACAUGGAGACUGAAACAGAUAAACCUCCAAGGGAAAUCAUCGAUACUCGUGCUCUUCCUAGGAGAUUGAAGAAGCCCAGGAGAUUGGAGAAAACAGAAGAAGUGGAAGAGGACGAAGCGGUUGAGAACGGAAAUCAAAACAAAAAAGAUAAGAUCAUCCCGUUGAACAGUAUGAGGAUCAACCAGAGAACGAUGAAGGAUAGAGACAAGAAUGAUACGAACGGUCCCAGAAAUAAGGGUAGGGAUGCCAUCAAGAAAGGCGACAUCCGGAGGAAAGCCCAUGAACGGUCGUCCGGAGACAUCCAAACCUUGACCGUUGUGAGUGUCAAUGCCCGGAAAAUUACACUGGCAAAAGGCAAACGCAAGUCCGAGAGUAGAGACCAGAAAGCUGUCAUGGCCGCUAGCGCACCAGUUUGGCUGCAUCUAUCUGCAUACUCUUGGGGUGGUCUUGCCGAUCCUCAACCAGAUCCCACGGAGGAAGGUAUAGCAGGCAGCAGUCAGGUCCAUUCGAAUUUCGUCCUUGGUACCUCGGAAACCAACUCAGUUAUGACCAGAUGGGAAAAGGCCUGGCAAGACCUAAUUGCGCAUGAGGGCGACCUACUCACCGCAGCAGGCGGAGAUGGCGGAUCGUACGGUGGUCAACUCACAAUCAUUCGCCACCCGUUCCGCAACAUCAGCCCCCCGAAAGAGAUAUCCGAGCCUGAUCAAAACAAGGGAGCUUCCAGUACCGAGAUUCAGGGGCCAACCAACCUGAAAACGAUCAAACCACCUGGGCCCCAUGAUGACGGAGAUAAAUACAAACAAAAGCCCAAGCCUCGGAUACCUCUCAAAACGGGAACCACGGUGUUCGCAUCUUUCCCGCACGAUGUUGCGUAUGCACCUUCUAAGGAAAACCCCGAUAUUAUUCGAUGGGCUCCCAGAAGUACGGUGCUGGAUAAAGAGCUCCAGCGAGUGGCAAAAGAGUUCCGCUGGGUCUGCUACCAAUUCGACUACGACCUUCACAUCAAUGCUCCCAGCAAGAUCCUUAUGCGGAACGGCUUCAGGGGAAGGGCUCAAUUUCAUCCGUUCAGAAGGAUGCUGUAUCACAAGAUUGAGCGCGACCUAGAUGCAAAAGUGUGGAAGGUGAUGCUAAACGAAGCUUUGAAAAAAGAUUCAAAGACUGGGGAGACGACUACUCCCUGA